GUAAAGAUUCAAUAUCGCUCCAGACAAAACACCAUUCAGCGUGCUCUGGGUGCCCAUAAUCGACGUCAAAGUCGUCAGUCCAAGGCACAAACUGCAUCGGGCUUGCUCAGCACAGCUGGUAACUUGAUUGAACAUCUCGGGGGCCCAGCGGGCGCCGCGAUAGACUUCACCCUGCACUUGAAAGACUGGCGUCUCGAUUGGAUCCCUUGACUGCCUCGUGCCCCAUCGUGUCGACACACAUCUGGGGGUAUUGCUCGGGAUAGAGAUCCUCGAAUCUGCGAGGCCGCCAGCCCAACGCGUGAAAAAAAAUUCGCUAGUGGCAGCCUUGAUUUCCAGAGCUUUUCCAGAUGGCGUCAUCCCAAGGCCCGGUUUCGUCCACCGGCGCAAAAUUGGGUGUCAAGACAUCCAAGGCCAUGCCCAGGGUACCAACAAAAUCGUAUACUGAGAUGCUAUUCGAAUUUAGUGAUGGCAAAGGCUAUGACAUUAGCUCCAUCCAGGCCGCGGAGAACAACACAAAAAUUACACUUGACCCGGACUACCAGAUGAGGUGGGAGAUCACACUGGGCGCCUCUAUCAAGCAACAAUGCGGAAGUAUAACGGACAGAACACACUACAUUGCUCGCAUCCCCAAGGGCUUUACGCUGAUUUUCGACCCGAAGAAGGGAGAGCGACAUGUUGUCGGACACCCAGGUGGCAUGGGGAGAGACUUUUGGUAUCAUAAUGUCGGAGAGUUUGCACCUCAUGCCCUCUGGCUUGCAGCACCUGCUCCCUACGACCGCUCAAAGUGCUCAUGCGAGCCGUGUAAGAAGAUGCUAGGGAAGCCAAAGGCCAAGGAGUCCAAGAAACCGGCACAAAAACGCAAGCAGCCUGCCGCUUCCACUUCCACUCCCAACACAACCGCUUCCCGCCCAUCAGCACCCACUACAACCGCCCCCACUACCACUCCAGCCGCUGCCACUGCUGCUACCGCUGCUGCUCCUGCCACCACCGCCGCCGCCGCCACCGCCGCUCCUCCUGCUGCUCCUGCUGCUGUCGCUCUCAAGAUAGCGGCCAACGCCGAAAAGCCUGUUGCUCCGGCACCGGCCAAACCUCCUGCCAAGCCAGCAGCAAAGCCAGCCGUCGCCAGACCACCAACUCCUCCCCCGCCUGUGGAGGACCAUUCCAUUUACCGGGCCGGGGAAGUUGUUUGGUAUGGCACCCAGACGGGCAUUUGGCGCAUUGGGCUCAUUCUAUCGCGGGCACGCGAGACCACUGAGACGGACACAUGGGUCGUUGCGCCUUUAGGCCACAAAAUCCUCAACCAAGAAAGCAGUGUCAAACCGGCGGCACAAAUGCGACCUUUCCACGCAUUCAGCCUGCCGGGUAUUGACAUACAGGAGCUGCAGGAGAGUGCAUUCGCCGAGGUUGACUGGCCUGCCUUUGUCCACCGAUAUGCCGGCAGUAACGCGCACAAGCAGCAGCUGGUGGGACUGGAGGCUUCCAAGAUGGCGGCUAGGGACGUCAAUGUCUCCUUUUCAACUUUCAAUAGACUCGGGGCCAUCACCCCCGAUGGCCGACGUGGAUCGUAUGGUGGCAUAUUCCUUGGUCCGGAAAUGAUACGGGUGGGUGAUGCCGUCCGGGUCACACGCCUAAUUGGAGAGCAGGACGGGAGCCCGGACAUUAUGGAGAUCAAGCAUAUCGUUGACGAUGAAGACUGUCUACAACCCAAAUUUCACGGAGACGUCUGGCGUUCGCAAAUCGUCCCUCUUGAGGCGCCCGAACAGAGUAGCCAGCCGCAAGGCGUCGACCUCGUGCGCCAGAUACAGAUUACCAACGAGGUCCUGCGUCACCAGGGAGGACGGCUGGACUGGUUUCUGGUCGAGACGGAUGCCGAGAGGGUUGAAGCUGACGUGCGUGGCCGUUUCUAUGUCACUUUUGACCUGCUCCCGGACGUUAAAGCUAGCUUGAUGGAAGGUAACCCAUUCGACGACGGCACCCAGCGCGUCAAUGCGCGGCUGAGGCCAGACAAGCCUUUUUACAUCGGUCGCAAGGAGAACAGGAGAGCCACGUUUGGGGACUCGGCGUCGCUUGACAUGCUGGACCUCGGGCCUAACGUAGUGGAGGGCUAGGGGAAUUUUUCGUUGAAAACUCGAGUUUACGCACUCGGUGGAGAAAACAUCGUCAAAUCAGAGUUCGAAGCAAGCUACGGGUAUAUCAGCAUUUGCAAUAUACACUCAUCUCUUGGAGAUAACUCGGGUGCUAAUCGUCCCAUUUAAAGAGACUGUUCAGGUAGAUACCUAGGUAUGCGUGCUUGUCCAGUGGAAGUUAGCGCUAUCUAGUCCUACUAUAGUAUUGAUCACACGGCACGAUAUGAAUGCUCAUUAAAGUCCCCCGGGGCCCUUUGUCUAUCAAAGUACCUACAGACCUGUCAGCACCAAGGGAAGCGGAUUACGG